AUCAAAGGAUUUUUUUGCCUUAUUUUAACUCUGUUCCUCAGCCAAAAAACACCCAUUUUCUCUCUCUCAGUCUCAGUCAGUUUUCUUCUUCACUCACUAUGGCGAAGCGCGCUGUUACAGCUCCAUGUGCUGCUGCUUACAUUCUUCUUAUUCUCUCGGCUACUUCAUUAACCGCUGCUAUUGACGACGGUCUAUUGAACAAUGGAGAUUUUGAGACUCCGCCAUCAGGAGGAUUCACAAGCACAAACGAGGACAGUGUAGUGGAUGGUCCUACAACAAUCCCAGGAUGGCAAACUAAAGGAACAGUGGAGUUGGUCUCAGCUGGUCAAAAGCAAGGUGCAAUGAUCUUGAUCAUCCCAGGAGGAACUCAUGCCGUCCGAUUAGGCAACGAGGCACAAAUCACCCAAGAUCUAAAGGUGGAGAAAGGAUCAGUGUAUGCUGUCACGUUUAGUGCUGCCCGUACCUGUGCACAGCUAGAGUCCCUUAAUAUAUCAGUGGGCCCUGCAAGUGCAUCCUCAGCCAUUGAUCUGCAAACAGUGUAUACUGAUCAAGGGUGGGAUUCUUAUGCUUGGGCUUUUGAAGCUGAUCAAGAGGAUGCUAAUCUGAUGUUGAUGAAUCCUGGUAUGGAGGAAGAUCCUACCUGUGGACCUAUUAUUGAUGAUGUUGCUAUUAAGAAGAUGUUUGUUCCUGAUAGGCCUAAAGAUAAUGCAGUGCUUAAUGGAGACUUUGAAGAAGGUCCAUGGCUAUUCAAGAACGAGUCUCUUGGCGUCCUCCUACCAACCAAUCUCGAUGAAGAAACAACCCCGUUACCAGGUUGGAUAGUCGAGUCAAAUCGAGCAGUCAGAUACGUUGAUUCAAACCACUUCGAUGUCCCUGAAGGAAAACGAGCAAUUGAGCUCCUUUCCGGGAAAGAAGGCAUCAUAUCUCAAAUGGUCGAAACCACACCAAAGAAAGACUACACCUUAACCUUCUCGAUGGGGCAAGGCGGAGACAAAUGCACCGAGCCCCUAGCUAUCAUGGCAUUUGCCGGGGAUCAAGCUCAAAACUUCCAUUACACACCGAACUCAAACUCCACGUUCCAACAAGAAGGCCUUAACUUCACAGCUAAGGCAGAAAGGACUCGAAUUGCGUUCUAUAGUGUGUACUAUAACACUCAGAGUGAUCAUAUGAGCUCUCUAUGCGGCCCGAUUUUGGAUGAUGUGAGGGUUUGGGGGACAUCUAGUUCUUCUAGGAUUGGUCUUGGAAUGUUUGCUCUAUGGUUUUGGGUUAUAGUCCUGAUUUUGGUCUAGUUAUCUUAAGAUGGUGGUGUUGUAUCACCUUUAAUUUAGUACUACUACUACUACAAUAUGAUUGUUUGGUGGAAGUUGUAAUCUCUGUAUUCUGCUAGUGCUAAUUAUGUAAGGUUUGAUGAUAUAUAUUUAUAUAUAGAUGUAGGAGCAUUCAUUAAAUUACUAGAUAGAUUUUGAGCCAUGUGUUUUUUUUUUUUUUUUUAAAUUUCAAUUAUUAUAUAAAUUAAUU